CGACUAACGAUCGUUAUCGACCGAUACUGCCCUGAGUGAGUGUCUGUGCUCUGUGUGCUCUUGCCCGUCCGCUGUUCAUACGAAGUGCUUCUCCAGGGCCGAAACAAUCCAGAAAAAAAAUGGCAACCACAUGGAUCCCGACCAGCGUGCAUGGACCGUACCCACCCCACAUGGUGCCGGGCGGUGUGGACAGUGACGGUGCGCAGAUCUUCGUCGGCCGGGCACACCAUGGCGGGGAUCUGCUGCCCGCGAAAGUGAUUCCGGACAAGACCGCCGCGUACGUUGCGUACGGUGGCCAGGAGACGCUGGUCGAGCACGUGGAGGUGCUGGUCCACAAGCAGCUGAUCUGGGAUACGGCUUCGUCCGGCCAGGUACCGCUCGGUGCCGUCGUCGGUGGCCACACAUCCGAUGGGGAGAUGCUGUACGUUGGCCGCGCCUACCACGAGGGAUCGCAAACGAUCGGCAAGGUGCAUUGCUCGCACAACUGCAUCUACAUCCCGUACGGGGGUGCGGAAGUUUCCGUCCCUACGUAUGAAGUGCUGUGCGAGCGAUAAAACGCAAGUGGAAGGUAAUGGGUAACGCUGGGACAGCACAUUUUGGAAUCUAAUUUUUAACACGGCAGUUAAUAAGCUACACCACGGACUGACUGAAGGCCACAGGGGUGGUGGUACAAAUGAA